GCAUUUCACAUGUCUGUGUCUCAGAUGUCCCUGUGCAUUCUCCAUUGUGGUAGCUGACUUGUUGUUGUUGAAGAGCCCGCGAUGGAUUCGGCAGCUCACCCCGAGAGAGAGAGAGAUAUCCAGCCACUGCCGGUGAUCUUUGCUGAGCGUAACGUCUGCACACCCUUGAGCAUACUGGAGGGGCUGAUGACACCCAGGGCCUUUGAGCAGCCAGGCCCGGAGGACGUCCCAGGAGAAGGAGUGGAGAUCUUUGUGUCGGACGCUGACGACUCGAGCUCGGUCAAGUCCUCACAGGAUCAGGAGGAGCAGAGUAUCAUGUCCGAGUCGACAGAAACCUACACCAGACAAGCCCUCCGGGAGAGCAGUGGUCACUCAGAGAGCGGUGGCCGGGCAGCUCUGGCGGAGCGCGAGGAGGCCGUGCUGCAGUCCGUGGCGGAGGAGGGUCCAGGGCCUGCCCCGCAGCGGCACUAUGUGGACGGGACGCUGCCGGACCUGCUGAGGAGUGGGAGCCCAUUACGAAGGAGGGUGUCCAGCCCAGUGUCCAACACGCUGAAGGAAGUGCGGCGUGAGGUGGAGCUGUCUCGCCGGCGGAGUCUAAAGCUCAAGGCCCAGGUGGACAAGCUCCAGAACCAGAACGACCCAAACUGGACUCAGCAGAAACAGCAGGUGACUGAAGAGGUUGAGUCCAUUCUGAAGCUCUUGCGGCCUCUAACAGACAUGACUCCAGCCUCGUCAGACGGCUCUGGGUCUGAGGGGCCUCUAGACGUGGCUCUCAGCCAGCUACAGCAAGUGGCGCGCUCACUGGCCAUGAACAACAACAAGGGAAGGACUGAAGAUGGGGACAAUGCUGUCCUACAGCAGGCCUUACGAGACAGAGAUGAAGCUGUUGCCAAGAAGAAAGCAAUGGAGAUGGAACUGCUGAACAGUAAGACGGAGAUGAUGACCCUGAACAACCAGCUGCUGGAGGCUGUUCAACACCGGCUGGAGCUCUCUCUGGAGCUGGAGGCCUGGAAGGAGGACUUCCAGCUGCUCCUCCAACAGAAUGUGCUGAGUCAGCAGAAGCAGGCUGAACAGUCCCAGAAGAAGGGCCUGCUGGCGUCUUUUGGGAGAAAGGCCGGCAAGACCAUCCGCAAGCCCUCCCCGUCCCCCUCUCGCCGGGCAGCUCCCGCGACCCCCAACACGAGCGCUGUGAGCACGCCCAAAGAGCCAGUGAGCGCGCCCAAAGAGCCCGAGAAGGAGAAGAGGGAAGCGCCAUACCGCUGGAGGGUCAUCAGGAGAGGUCGCACUACCAAAGGGUCCAACAGCACCGACAUGCCAGAGGGCCGCUCUCAAAGCCCAUACACUUCGCCUUCACAAGGGGGCAGGAGAGAUGCACAAUUUCAAACAAUCUCCCUUGACUGAGUAAAAAAACACAACUAAAAAAAAUUCUGAACGCAAAAAGAUAUGAUUGAAGAACUUUAACUGUGCCCAGCAUGUACACAUUGACGGUGGGCUUAAAGGCUUUGCACUAUUAUGCUGAGGUGAUGACCCAGCAAAUACAGAUCCUGUUGCCAAACGACAGUCGGAAAAUCAGGGGGACCAAACGUAUGUGGUUGAGAAUGCAGAUCUAUGUGCAUUUUCUUGUCCAGUUAAUGCUAAUGUGUUUGAUGUAAUGAUGUAUAAAUAUAUAAAUUCCUGUUGUACUCUAUUUUCUUAUGUAAACAGAUGCCAAGCAUUGUUCUUAUGUUGUUCUUUCUACAACAAUUAGUAAUAAAAAAGGAGUCUUGACUUUUA